AUAAUUCCAAAAAAUUAAAAAGGGAAAGAUAUGGUAGGUAUGCGUGUGGAACAACAAAGGAGCCGAGCCAGGUGAGCCAGCCCCGGAGGAAGGGGUCUUUCCCAGAGCUUAGAGAAGGGCGUGGACUAAUCCAAAAAUGACGUGAGCGCCAGGUUUCAUAAGUCAGUGGGAUUAGGUAUUCUCCCUUAGCUGGACCCCACACCGUUUUUUUUUUAAAUCCCAAACCACCGUCAGAUAGAGCCGUGCCGUCAACUGCGUUGACCUCAAGACGACGCCCCCACGUGGACGGCCCUACCCUACCCCUCUCUAUUCUACAGUAAAAACCUAUCCUACCGUUAUCUUUAACGCCAUUCCGUCCCCUACCUCGCCGUCCCCAACCGAUCAUUCCUCGCUUUGUCCUACCUCAUCCAGAAUUUGCCACGUCGCCCUGUAAAUGAACUGUUACGUCAUAUCUCCCGCGAAAAAAACGGCUGGUCUUCGCUUACUCUUUCUCUCUAAUAAUUUUUUUUUUUUUAAUUUUGGACCACCCCUCAAGCUAAAACAUUUUUUCAUUAUUUUCUCAAAAUUUGUUGGCAUUAUUAUUUCCAGUUUAUUAUAUAAUUAUAUAGCGAAAAUACUCUUUCUUGUUGAAAGCUUGAAAAAGCUACAUAACUACUCCCCCUCUUUUAUCUCCCUCUAUUUCCCUUUAUUCUUCCCCUUUCUAAUUUCUCCAUGGAGCAGCAGCACCGUCGAGAAUUGACGUUCUUGCACUCCGGUGACUUCCUGCGACAGAAUUCUGGUGUGCCUGAUGGCACCCCUGAUGAUUCUAGCCAUCAUGUUAAGCCACACAUCAAGGAAAUGGAUUUCUUUUCUACUAAUAGUCAAUCACAUGAUCAUCAUCAAGAGAGCAAGAUUAAUAAUAAUGGAUCAUCUUCUUUGUUUGAUUCGGGUGUAAACACUGGAUUAAAUCUUCGCAGUUCAAACCAGGGAGUUUCAAGGACAACUAAUGAAGAUAAACCCAACGCUGAAAUGAGUGCUCUUCAAAUCGAGUUAGAAAGGUUACACGAAGAGAAUCGGAGACUAAGAAGCAUGUUGGAUCAGAUUACCAGAAACUACCGUGAACUACAAGGUCAACUAUUCAUGGCGGUGCAUAAACAGGCGCUCGGAAAUCAAAGAGAACAGAAGGAUGCAAUAAAUGGCAUGUCAAGUCCCAUAAUGUCAGUCCAACAGUUCAUGGACCCACGACCAUCGGCUGCAUUAGAUGUCAAUGAACCUUCGGCAUCUGACGACAAGAUGCAAGAAUUGUCAGCAUCCCCAGCAAACACUGUGGAAGUCGUGUCAAAGGAACGAGACCUUCAAAUGAUUCAAAUUCCAGGAAAGCACGUUUCAGUUGAAGAUGGUACUGAUCAAACUUCUCAAACCAAGAGUCCAAAGGUAGAUCAGUCAAAGAAUGAAGAGCAAGUCUCUGAAGUACCUUUCAGGAAGGCCAGGGUGUCGGUUAGAGCGAGAUCAGAUGCUUCCUCGAUAAGCGAUGGCUGUCAAUGGAGGAAAUAUGGUCAAAAGAUGGCCAAGGGUAACCCUUGCCCACGCGCCUACUAUCGUUGCACCAUGGCUGUUGGCUGCCCAGUCCGUAAGCAGGUGCAAAGAUGUGCGGAGGAUAAAAGCAUUCUCAUAACAACAUAUGAAGGAAAUCACAAUCACCCUCUUCCACCAGCAGCCAUAGCUAUGGCUAACACUACGUCAGCUGCGGCAGCCAUGCUGCUAUCAGGUUCAACCACAAGCAAGGAUGGCCAUGGACUACCAAGUUCUGGCUACUUCCCUUCCUUGCCUUACGCAUCAACAAUGGCCACUCUAUCUGCCUCGGCGCCGUUUCCCACCAUAACCCUUGACUUAACUCAGGGCCCAAACGCCGUUCCAUUGCUACGUCCCCCACCUUCCACUGCUACAUUUCCAUUACCUUUGCACGGUUAUCCGCAGCUCUUAGGGCACCCAAUGUUCGCUCCUAACAAGCUAUCUGCAUUACCGGCAAUGCAGUUAGGGCAACGUCCGGCUUCUAUGGUUGAAACUGUUACAGCAGCCAUCACUUCUGAUCCAAAUUUCACCGCAGCCUUAGCUGCAGCUAUUUCAACAAUUAUGGGAGCACCACCAAGCAACAAUGGAAACAGUAAUAACAAUAGUGGGACUAACAAUUCCUCCAAUGGGGUGCCUGGCCUUCCAGGAUCACCACAGCUUCCUCAGUCUUGCACCACUUUCUCCACUAACCAGCCAGGGUGAUUAAAUUUUGGGCCUUCGGAUGCAUGCUCAGAAUAUUUAUACUUGUUUGCAUAAGCUUUUGCUAGUUAAUUAGGCAGUUCGAGAUAAGAAGGAGCCGAUUUCUUUUAUGAUCAUAUAACUGGUAGUUCCAGGCUAUCCAAUAUGAUCAGAUUUGAGUAGAAUAUACGGAGCAAGCUCUGACGUGCAGUUUGAUCUAUUUACACCUCUGGGCUAUAUAGAAGAAUAUUUCUGCAGCUCUUUUGAUCAACAACCGUAUAUAUAUUGAUUGUUGGUGGUUCAGACGUGCAGUUGCAAUUUCGCAGUUUCGCAUGUCUAUAGCCGUAAGAAAAGAUUUAGAAUGUGAUAUAAUGACGGCCUUUUCUAAUCUAAAGAUGACUAUACUUCUUACCGUAGAUAAUAUAUAUGUUAUAUGUUGUCCGUCACAUGCAAAAUAAGCAUACUGCAAGCUUAGAGUGGGGUGUAAGAAAGAAUUGGUGAACAAAAUUUUAAGUAUUUCUUUGUGUUGGAGAUGAUUUUGCUUUGUACAUAAUUAAAUAAAGUUUUAU